CGCCUCAGUAUCAGCUAUGUGUCCCGAAAGGAAAGCUGGACGAUUGUCAUUCCGACAUGUCGGGGGAGAGUAACGGUGACAGUGGAAAGGGCGGCAGUGACGACGAUCUCCAAAUCCCACCCGGUAUAGGAUUCAUGAGAGAUGAUAUACAACGCUCAAGAGACAGAUGGGAGAGCACAAGAAGUGAAAGUCCCAGCAUGCAACAGAUGACGACAUUUCCUUCAAGAUGUCUCACGAAUGACGUACUUCCACACCAGAAAAUCAUUCCGUUUUCUUUUAAAAAGACACCUUCUUAUACGGGGUCCGGACUCAUAGCGAAUAACUUACCACAGUCGACAUCGUCCGCAUAUAGUGUGCCAAUGUAUUAUGACGACGAGAGUCGUUCUUCAUCAGGAUUCCAGAGUUCAGAUUCCAGUUAUACGAACAGACACAGAAACGGCGUGAAAUUGAAUUUAAUGCGGAACAAUAUUCAAGACUGUGUUGUGUGAUAGACUAUCGGCGAGUCAUUUUUCGUCUGUGAUAAUGUUGUUAAAACUGCAAAUUUCAACUUUUUUGUGCUCGAUUCGUUCACAAAUUUAUUACUAGCACAGUAUGGAAACACUACUUUGUGCACAUGUCUAGACAAUCACACAUGGAAACACUACUUCGUGCACAUGUCUAGACAAUCACACAUGGAAACACUACUUUGUGCACAUGUCUAGACAAUCACACAUAGAAACAUUAAUUUGUGCACAUGUCUAGACAAUCACACAGAAAAUCCUAUAAAAUGAGGUUAUAUCAGUACAUUGAUUUGCACUUAUUCGAACUAUUGCCACGAAGUCUGACAAAACGGCACGAGAUCCUUGCUGGAGACGUGACGGCAUGCCACUAUAUGAAGUGAUUGAAGAAUCAUAA